AUGGCUGCACCGCAAGCCCGCCUGCAGGCGCUCUCGGAGGAGUAUCAAAAACUUCAGCAAGAUCUACAGUCUUCUGUUGACUCGAGACAAAAGCUUGACGGACAGCGCCAAGAGAACCUCAGCGUACAAAAGGAGUUUGAGACGUUGGCUGAAGGCGAGACCAUCUACAAACUUGCUGGUCCUGUUCUUCUAAAGCAAGAAAAAUUUGAGGCUGAAAACACUGUCAAGGGAAGACUUGACUUUAUCAGCAAUGAGAUGUCACGUCUUGAGACCCAAAUCAAAGAAACGCAGGGAAAGAUUGACAACAAGCGUACGGAAAUCAUUCAGGUCCAAACGGCUGCCCAGCAAGCUGCUGGAAACGCCGGCGCCCAGUAA